ACUAAGGGCGGGGGCGGGCCGUUGAUCGGACAGAGGCACGUUGCGAAUGGCGGAGACGCUGAGGCGGGUGCUAAACCAGGGCAGCUCGGCAGAGUCCGGGGAGGAGUACACAGCGGAGGCCGGGCCGCCUUUACUGCUGCUCGGCGGCCCAGGCUCCGGAAAGACCGCGCUGCUAUUCGCGGCGGCCCUGGAAGCGGCAGGAGAGGGCCGAGGCCCCGUCCUCUUCCUGACCCGGAGGCCUCUCCAAAGCCUGCCUCGCGGGACCGGAGCGGCGCUCGACCCCCUGCGGCUACAGAAGAUACGCUUCCAGUACCCACCCUCAACCCAUGAACUCCUUCAGCUUCUGUGCUCUGCCCAUGAGGCCCUGGGCCCAGCCCCCUCCCUCCUGCUGCUGGAUGGCCUGGAGGAGUACCUAGUGGAAGACUCUCAAGAAGCGGCCUACUUGGCUGCCCUGCUUCUAGACACAGCUGCCCACUUCAGCCACCGGACUGGGCCUGGCCAGGGCUGUGGGCUCAUUGUGGCCCUCCAGAUCCAGGAAGAGGAAGAGAGUGGGGAUGGCCUGCAGCUGUCGCUGCUCCAGCGGUACUUCCCUGCCCAGUGCUGGCUGCAGGUGGAUGCACCAGGCCCAGGACAGCGCGGCCUCCGAGCCUGCCUGGAUUCAGGUGGGCUGAGCCCUAGAGCAGAGUGGUGGGUGGCUUUCCGACCAGAUGGAGAGAUGACAAUCACCCCAUGGCCUACCCAGUCUGGUAACCCCAACUCAGACAAAGGUUCAAGUUCUGGAGGCCAGCCUUGAGCUUUGAUGUGUGACACCCUCUUUGUGCCUCAACUGCCCAUGGCUGGAAUACUUACUUCAGGGACUUGUACAGAUUCAAAGACCUAAAGAACAGUGCUUUUUCUCUUGAAACAGAGCAUUACCAUGUACCUAUCAUGCCCAAUCAACAUAUUGUUUUGCUGUUUUGAACUUUAUAAAAUGUUUCGUGAUAAAUGUAAUCUUCUAAGA